CAAGAAUUUAACGAUUAAUCAUCAAUCAUGAGGACACGGGAGGGUUCAUGAUGACCAAGACAAUUGUAAUAUCUUACUCAUCUCGACCGCUCCAUGUACUUGUCAUCUAUUAGUGUUUGUACUUUGGACCUCGGAUAAACGUAACAGUAACAGAACGGGGCUCUCGGUCAUGAUGUGCUGUUACAGUUAUAUUGCGUAGGUACUUUAGUACUUUAUAUCACUACUACCUAGGUACUAAUUCCAUUGUACAAGACGACAACAGCGACAACAACGACAGACUACCAUACCGAGCAUCAAUCGAUACCAGAAGCGAUACCUACGGUACAACAGCCUACCAGGUACCAGGUACCUAGGGACCACGCUUCGAGUCAGUCAUAAUACCUACCCUUACUUCGCUUCGCUCAGCAUAAGAUUACCAUGGCCUCCGCAACACAAGUCAAGUCGUUCAGGGACCUGGUGGGUGCGCCGCGGGUGACGGCGAGUCCGGCGGACAGUACGUUGGUCAUUAUCGAUGCGCAGAAUGAAUACGCCCAAGGAAACUUGAAAACUGUCAACGUCGACCAAACUCGCAAGGCGAUCGCGUCGCUUCUGGAAAGGUACCGAGCGGCCGGGGACGGCAAGAACAUUGUGCACGUGGUGCAUAAGACGCCCGACGGCGCACCAGUGUUCACGCCCGGCACAGCGUUGGCCGAGGAAUUCGACGAGCUGAAGCCCCGUCCAGGCGAAAAAGUCAUCCAGAAGCAAAAGGUCUCGAGCUUUGCAGACACGGAUCUGCACGAUUACCUGUCCAGUCUGGGUGAGCGUGGGAAAAAGACCGUGUUGACCGGAUACAUGGCGCAUGUCUGCGUGAGCACCACGGCGCGAGCCGGCGCAGACCUCGGGUACAAUGUCGUGUUGGCGGCCGAUGCCAUUGGCGACCGCGACAUUCCUGGCUUCACUGGGUCUGAGGUCACGGAUGCCGUGUUGAAGGAGUUGGGAGAUGCGUUCGGCACAGUGUUGCAGAGUGCGGAGGUCAAGUAAGCCAUGCUGGAUCCGGAUAGAAGAUCUCGGGAAUCAAUGUAGGCUUUGAGGUUGGGUGGAUCCAAGUGAGGAUAGAUUGAUAUGCAUUCAAGCUCAGGAGUUGAUUUCUUCUUCACCGGCACCAUCUUUCCGCCACCAUAGCAUGGAACCGUGGAAAGGAAAGUUCUUCACGUCCAAUGCUGGUAGUUGUAAGAAUUCAUGAGUUUCAACGAAAAGCCCUACGGGGUCUUGGUGGGCCAAUCCUUCGUCUCUGACGGGUCUGUUCGACGGACGAAUAUGAUCGAGCGACCGAUGGAGCCAUAUCCGGGGAUCGUGCAGUAUAAUCUCAAGUUCGACGUUGCGCUCUGCGGCGGGAGAGUAGGCAACCGAGUUCCUGUCCAACAACUCGAAUCCCUUCGGAUGAUCGAUUCGGGUCACAUUCACACUCGCCAGAAACUCGC